AACUAACUUACGAUAGGGUUUUGGCGUGUGACUCUCGACUGCCUUUCCUCUGCAAACAAAACUCGGGCUUCUCACUUUUCUGCGACUUUCAUACGAAAAAACAAGAAAUAAAUUGAGAUUUAACAACAGCAGGAGAUCACAUUUUUAAACAAGUGGAGAUAUGUAUUCAUCGGGGGGUGGUAAUCCAUAUGGGCAGCAGUCAUAUGGUGGGCAACAGCCAUAUGGGCAAAGUUCUUCAUCGCUUGGCUAUUCUGGAACUGGUCGUUCAUCUUUGUUGGGUGGCUCUCAAGAAGCUGAGACUGGUGUGUAUAGAAGCCAUCCAUCUGGGACAUUAGGUGCAGGUGAGUUUGGUGGGUCUUCUGCAGCUUCUGGUCGUUAUGCUGGUCAGUAUGAGGAUUUGUAUGGAACAUCUAUUCGCGGCAGUGGGCAACAGUAUUCCUCGAUGAGUGGCAAGGGAAUAAGUUCAGGUAAUCGCGGUGGUGGAUCUGGUUCAGGGUAUGGUUCAGGUGACUUUGGAUACAGCCAAAAAAGUGAACAAUAUUCAGGAGGAAAGAUCUCCGAUUAUGCUUCCAUGGACAGGGCACAGUAUGGUGAUGCUCAUGGUGCUUACAUGGGGAGGAGCUUGCCAAGUGAAUCAAGCCGUCGUUAUUCCGAAACUGUUGGCCUCAGUCGUCAACACCAGUCAGAGCUGCAUGAUCAGGUGCCGUUACUUCAUCAACAACACUUGCUACCAGCUCAGCACAUGCACUCUGGUUCUGAUACCAGACAGAGUCUAGCAUCUCCUGCCCUAGAUGGGGGUGGCAGACCAACUGAUUAUCUUGCAGCGAGGAGUUCAUAUGGUUCAAGGAUCGACGCCGAUGCUCGCAAUUUAUCUAGUCUCGGUGGGUCCUACUCUGGACAACAACCAUCAUCAAUGUUGGGGCCUGCUACCCGAAGAGACCUUGACGUUUACACACAAGGGCCUUCUAGUGCAGGUUAUGGCGUGGGCUUGCCUCCUGGUCGUGAUUACAGUGCGGGUAAGGGACUUGGUGUUGCGCCAUCUAUGGAGAGUGGCUACUCUAGUGCUAUGCUUUCUCAUCCUGUGCAUUCAAGCAUUGGGGAGCCUCGCAUGGAAGACUGGAAGGAUGAUCGUGGUGCUUAUCGUCGUGAACUUGAGCUUAGGGAAGAAGAACGGCGUAGGGAGCAUGUGCGUGAGAGGGAGAAGGAACGGGAACGAGAAAGAGAAAGAGAAAGAGAAAGAGAGAGGGAAAGGGAAAGAGAGAGAGAAAGAGAAAGAGAAAGAGAAAGGGUACGGCUUUUGGAGCGUCGGAACAAGGAAAGGGAGCGGGAGCGGGAGCGCUCGCGUAUUCGCGAACCUAGGCGGGAUCGAACUCCUCCAAGAAUCACUAGGGAUGAGAGGCCUUUACGAAGGAGUACCCCACGUCGAGAGGCUUUGCAUAGGCGUCACUCACCUGUUAAGGAAAAAAGGCGAGAAUAUGUCUGCAAGGUUCAGCCACAUAGUUUGAUAGAAGCAGAACGCGACUAUCUAUCCAUAACGAAGCGAUACGUGAAGCUGUCAAUAUCACCUGAGUUCUCCAAGCUUGUCUUGAGCUGGCCAAGGAAGAAUAUGGGUAUUUCAUUGCAUACUCCUGUCAGUUUUGAGCAUGACGUGGUUGAAGUCAAUGUAACGGAUGAUAAAAAAGAACCAUCUAUAAAAGCAGUGGAUAUGGGGAAACUUGCAAGUGGAAGUACAUUAUGGAAUGCUAAGGUAGUUUUAAUGAGCGGAAUUGGCCCUGAUGCACUGGCAGAGUUGUCCUCCGAUAAAAGCUCUGAUAACAGGAUCUCACACUUCAAUAAUAUCCUGAGGUUUGCUAUUCUUAGAAAAGAUCGUUGCUUUACAGCUGUUGGGGGACCAUGGAAUGGAACAUUGGAUGGUGGGGAUCCAUCAAUGGAUGAUUCUGCUCUCAUUCAAACAGCUCUAAGGCAUACAAUGGCAACAAUCCAACUUGAUUUGCAUAACUGUCAGCAUUGGAAUCGUUUCCUGGAGAUACACUAUGACAGAAUUGGGAAGGAUGGGUUCUUUAGCCACAAAGAAAUUACUGUACUAUUUCUUCCAGACCUUUCAGAUUGUCUUCCUUCAUUGGAUGCUUGGAGAAGCUUAUGGCUUGCUCGGAGGAAGGAAAAAAUUGAGAGAGAACGCCUAUUGGCUCUAAAGGAGAAAAAUAGAUCUACUGAGAGAGACUCCAAGUCUGUGGAAAAAACUAAAAAGGAGGGUGCCGUUGAGGGUGAAAAAGAUGUCAAAUCCACUGAGGAUGUUAAGAUGGAUAUUGAUACUGUGACGAUUGCUAAGAAUGAUGACAAGAAACCUGAAGUUGGAGAAAAAUCUGCGGAGGAGAAAGAAAAGGAAACAAAUCCUGAAGAAAAACAGACUCUAAAAAAAGAUGAUGUGAAGAGUGAGGAAACCAACCAAAUGGACAAGAAAGAACAAGCUGAAACUACUGAUGGUCCAGCCACCGGGCCUGCAAGACCUGUGAAGAAAAAAAUUAUCAGAAGGGUACCAAAAGAAAAGGUCGCUGAGAAGAAAGAGAGUGCAGAGAACAAUUUUGUUACACAAAAUGAGAAACCAAUAGAGGAGGUUGACGAUAAAAAGGAGAAAAUUGAUAUUGCGAAGCAGCAGGAUGGAACUCCUGAUGUACAGGCAAGUGAGACAAAGAAUGCUUCAAAGAAGAGAGUCGUCAAGAAGGACCCCUUGACAAAGUUGGCAGAGAAGGAAGGCCAAAGUGGAGGUUCAGAUGACAAGACAGCUGAGACCAAAGAAGAGAAACAGAUGGAUCCCAUGGUCAAAAUCGAACAUGAUGAUGCUUUGAAUGCACAGGGAAUAGAUGUUAAAAAAGAAAAGAAAAAAAUCAUCAAGAGGGUGUUUAAAAGGAAGGCUCCUGUGAAGGAAGAGAAGGUAGAGGAUACGGAUCAGGGUCAAGAUCAAAGUAAAGAUGAGGUAGAACACAAGGAAGAUAAAUUGGAUAAGCAGGUAGUUACAUUAACUAAAGUUGAGAAGAAUGCAAUGGGUAAGGAGGAAUCUAAAAUAAAGGCUUCUGAGAAGCAUGAAGAUCCAGGUGAGUGUGAAAUGGAAAAUGAAGAGAAAAAUGGUAAGGAUGAAAAGAAAGAACGUAUGGCAGAUGAAAAGUUGAAGGAGGGGAAGAAAAUUGAGAAGCAAAGUAAAGAGAUGGAUGCUGCAAAGAAUGAAGACCUGAAGAAGGAUUCUGAAGAUAACAAGAAAGGGAGAUCAAAAGACGAGAAGGAGAAGAAAACCAAAGAUACCAAAGAUUCUACUGAAACUAAAGGAAAGGCAUCUAAAGAGAAGGAGAAGGGAAAGCUGGAUGAGCCUUCACAGCACUCGGGAUUAUUUCUUCGAACAAAAUGGACCAAGGAUGAUUCUAAGCUUCGUUCUAUUUCUAUGUCACUUGAUGGCCUUCUAGAUUAUAACGACAAGGAUACUGAGGAGUCGACUUUUGAGCUUUCCUUAUUUGCAGAGGUAUUCUAUGAAAUGCUCCAGUAUCAAAUGGGAAUACGCCUUCUUACUUUUCUCGAGAAAUUGCACCAUAUGGUUGUGAUGAAAAGGAAGGAACAGAAAAGACAUCGUAGUGAAAGUCUUGAAAAGGAGAGCGCGGAAAAGAAAUCCUCAAGCAAGCGUACAAAGAUCUGUAAUGAGCCUCCAGCUGAAGGUGAAUCUGCAAAAUCUGAAACAGUGGGUGGAUAUGAUUUGGGUUCUGAACAACCACCUGUUAAAGAGGCUGGUUAUAGAGAUGACAAAGAUAAUGAAGCCACAAUGGAGUGUAGUGAGGUUGAAGAGGACCCCGAGGAAGAGUUCGAUGUUGAUCAUGAAGUGAAUGAUGUUGAUCUUAAUAACUCAAUUCAGGAGGAUGGAAGUGAGGGCAAAAAUGAUCAGGCGGUUGGAGAACCUGUUGACCAAAAUGAAGAUAAGAAGGCAAAAACACAAGAAGAAAAUGAGGACAAAGGGGUCAAAUCAGAUGGCAAAACAGAUGAAAGGAGUUUUGAGGAUAAGAACAAAACUGAUAAGAAGAUGGAUGCUCCCAUUAUGGAACCAAUUGUUGUAGAUAGAGAACUAUUGCAGGUUUUCCGGUUUUUUGAUCGAAAUAGGGUGGGUUACAUCAAGGUUGAAGAUUUGCGCAUGAUCAUCCAUACCUUGGGGACGUUCCGUUCUAACAGGGAUGUCAAGGAUCUAGUUCAAAGCGCAUUGUUAGAGAGCAACACCGCAAGGGAUAAUCGGAUUUUUUAUGACAAGUUAGUAAGGCUGGGCAACCUCUGAUUGAGUGCGUUGGGCGCGAGACUUCUAUGUUUCACCAGAUCAUGAGAAACGUUCAAGUCAUCGAAAACCAGAGACCCAUUGGGAUUUAGGGUACCCGAACAUGACUCUCGUACAAUCAGCAAGACCAUUCUUUUUAUGUGUGCGAUGUUUCUCAAAUGCGAGGAUUUUCAUGGUAUAUCUUAGCAGAAAAUGUGUUGUUAUCGAAUGUUUUCAUUUAUUAAUCCAUUUUCUUUUCAUAAUAA